AUGUCUUCUAUACAAAAAAUCUCUCUUAAUGAUGCCCAAAAGCGUGAGUUUUGUAUUUAUGCUCGCGAUAACAAAAUGACUCGUGCAAAAUACAUAGAUUGGAUUAAAACAAAGUGGAAUAUUAGAGUUCAUGAAUCCACUAUAACACGAAUUUUGCAAAAUAAGGAUAAAUGGCUUACCACUGAAAUUAUUAAACCCGAAAAAAAAAGAAAUAGAGCUGUCACGAUUCCGGCACUUGAGCUUGCACUUAACGAAUUCAUACUAACUUAUCAACAUAGAACAAUUUUAAGUGAUGCAAUGUUAAUCGAAAAAGUUAAAUUACUUGCUAGUGGGUUGGGAGUUCCUAAAGGCACGUUGCAGUUUUCCUCAGGUUGGCUUCACAAAUUCAAGGAACGUAAUGGAAUUCAUAAGGAAAAACUUCAUGGUGAAGCAGAAUUUGCUGAUAAUAUAGCUAUUAAUCAAUCUCUUCCAUCAUUACGAAGCAAAAGUGCCAACUAUCCUCCAGAACGAAUUUAUAAUAUGGACAAAACUGCUCUUUUUUAUCGGUUAGAACCUGAUCAUUCAUUAGCUACUCAACGUCUUUUUGGACGUAAAAAAAAUAAAGAACGAAUUACUGUUGCUUUGUAUGCAAAUUCGGAUGGUUCACAUAAGUUAAAUCCUUUGAUUAUUAGAAAAUUUCAAUGA